CUGAUCACAGAUCAACCCAAGGCUGUCCUGAGUAUCUCUCCUCAGUGGCUGAACCCUGGGGCCUCUGUGAUUCUGAGCUGUGGGGUUAAAGAGUUGUCUACAGACUGGAGGAUCUCCUGGUACAGGACUGUUCCCACUUUAACUGAGCAGUCAUACUCUUUUGAGCUUCUAACAGACAGAGGAAAUUUGACUACUGAAGACUCCUACACUCUGAUCCCUGCUGGUCCUACUCCCAGAGGAGGAUAUGUGUGUAGAGCUGGGAGAGGAGACCCAGUCUAUGAUACACUCUACAGUGAACCUCAGUUUCUCUGGUCAGGAGAUCUGCAGCCUUCAGUGUCUCUUACAGUAAAUCCCAACAGAACUCAAAACUUUAGAUCAAAGUCUCUCUCACUGAGCUGUGAGGAGAAGGGGAACUCUACUGGAUGGAGACUGAUGAGAUACACAGAGACAGCAUGGACAUCAGAGUGUCCAUCUACCUGGAGAUCAAUAACAGAAUCCACCUGCACCAUCACAUCAUUGGACACAUGGUACAGUGGAGUGUUCUGGUGUGAGUCUGGAUCAGGAGAGUACAGUAAUGCUGUCAACAUCACAGUGAACGAUGGUGAUGUGAUCCUGGAGAGUCCUGUCCAUCCUGUGACUGAAGGAGACUCUGUGACUUUGACAUGUACAUUUAGAUAUCAGGAAACAAAUCUUAAACCCAAAAGUGAUUUCUACAAAGAUGGAGUACUUAUCAAGAAUGAGACCACAGGAGAGAUGACCAUCCCUACAGUAUCCAAGUCAGAUGAAGGAUUCUAUAAGUGUAAAUCUGGUCAAGGAGAAUCACCAGAGAGCUGGGUGACAGUGAGAGUCUCUCCAGUCGUAUCUCCUGGAUCCUCUACAUCAGUCCUAGUAGGAGUGGUUGUGGGUCUGGUUGUUGCUGGUGUUCUACUGGUCAUUCUCCUGGUCCUGCUGGUGAGAUAUCAAAACAGCAAAGGUUCCUGUUUCAACAGAACAUUCUGGCCCACUCAGACCCAGAGCACCAACCAGGACCCCCAACAGGAACAAGGAUCUACCCAGGGCCAGGCUCCUGAUAUUGUGUACACAUGUCUGCAGCAUGAUGCUGCUGGUGCUUCUGCUGCUGGACCAAGUCAUGUGACUUACGCCCAGAUUCCACUGAAAAAGUUGGACAAGAAAAAGAAAGGUGACUCUCAACUGUGA